CAUCUGUACAUGUUAUGUCAAUUGAUCCUGCAUAUGUUCAGUCCCAUGCCAGUUGUGUUACUACCAUGGAGCUUGCCACUGUUGGACAAUGUGUAUCUGAAUGUGCACAGGGUUCCUUUAAAUGUAGUUGUUUUGGGCAUUCAAUGAUUCAUGGUUUUGUUAUUUGGUUUACGGUACAUUUUCCGAACAACGUGGUAUUGUCUACUUCUCCGUAUGAAAAAGAAACUCAUUGGGAACAAUCUGUUUUAUAUAUACCUCCUGUAGCUGUAGAACAAGAUUCUGUGAUAACUGGGCAGCUAUGGAUUCGCAGAGGUGAAGUGUACCAUAGGUUUCUAGAUAUAGAACUUGAAUACCAAGUUGAUAAUGGUGAAAAAAGAAGAAUGAAGUAUAAGAUGAAGGAUUAGUUUUGAGCUUAAUUUAUGUAUUUUAAAUUUUAAUAAAAUCAAAAUGGUUGUUGUGUGUUUA